AAAUGGAUUCUUUCGAUGAUAUUCACGAAGCGGUUCUAAAAUAUUUAGAUAGAGGAAUUGUUUUAGUAAUUGCCGAUUUAUUGAGUUUAAUCACGGUGUCAUCAUGCCUGUUUAUCAAAGUACCUCAAAUCAAUACAAUACGUGAAAAUAAAUCUUCGAAAGGCAUUAGUAUUCUUGGAUUAUGUCUAGAACUUUUUAGCUAUACAGUUAUGAUGUCCUACAACUAUACAAAUCGUUAUGAGUUUUUAUCCUACAUGGAAUAUCCCAUUUUAUUAUUGCAAGAAUAUGUUCUCAUAUAUUUUGCAUUUAAAUAUCAAAAUCUACUUGGACUUCGAACAAAAAUUGUUGCUGUUUUAUAUGUCAUCAUAGCUGUACUUAUCUAUUUGAGGCUAUUCCCAUUGGUUAUUCUACAAUUUUUAGUGCCUUUCUGUACACCAAUCGGAGCAACAAGUAAAGUAUUACAAUUGAUCGCUAUCUUGCGUUCAAAAGAUGCCAGCUCAGUUAGCCGCACCACAUGGGCCUUAUCAGCCUUCACCAAUAUGACUCGCAUCUAUACUGUCUACGUGCAAUCUCAUGAUUGGAUGUUGUUAUCGAAUUUCCUGAUAUCAACAUUUUUAAGUUCAUCGGUAUUUUUGGCCGCCUGUGUUUACAAAAAGAAAACAAAGAAAGAAUAGAAACGAUAUACGCUGCACA